UCGCCGUCAUUCGCUCCGUGCGUUCCGUCCCCGAAGGCUCGGCGGACGUCCUGUUGUUGCCGAAGGAUUUUCCCGGAAGGCGGUGGUGCGGACGGCCGUUUCGACACCCACCGCGUCGAUCGCGUUCGCCCACGUCCCGCAGAAAGCCACCUUGAGAUGGUGAAUGUUAGCCAUCUGGAGUGAAAUGGAAGGAGGAAUGACACUGUCCCGUGCAUAUGGUUCUGUUGCGUUGUGUCGGACGUUUUCGUGAGCCGUCUGUGCUACCCAAGUUUCGUUGGUUCAGACAGUCGUGUUGUGUGGCGUCAUGUAUCGCCGUCAAGAGGGCCGACAUGACAUAUGGAAAACACUGCCGUACUCGCUGUGGGCAGCCUUGCUGGACGGCGACUCGAGCGACGACGAUUCGGAAUCGUCUUUGUUCUCUUCGAGAGUGUCCUCCGAAGGCUGCUUAUCGGAUACUGAAAGUGACAUAACACAAAAGGGUUAUGAAAAAAAGAGGGCCCGGCUCUUAGCGCCAUAUCUUCCAUCCCACCCUACAGCUCUCCCUACCGGCUCAGCUAGUCCUUCCACUCGAGCCAAGAGGAGAGCCCAGCGUAGACUCACGCGCAAUGAGAGCAGGUACCACUCAGAGGUUAGGCAAGAAGCUGUCCAACAGGCACUGGCUGCCAUGCAGAACAAGCCUAAACCAUCAUUGCCUAUGCCUUCCAAGAGAACGUCUGUUAUGACGACGUCACCCUCGAGAGAACGCCAUCCUUCAGACAGCUCCAGUGACGAUGAUAGCGUGCUGAACGAAGGAAGCACUCCAGAGCAGGAGCGACUGUCAAGGCCACUUCCAACGCCUCCUCUGCAGUCAGACACAUCGAGUGCCUCAUCACCCCGUGAGACACCACCUCCCAGGAUACCACGCUACAACAAUAGCCGGGGCUCUGACCGUUCUGCCGACGGCAUCACUCAGUUGGCAGAUGUCAUGCAAAACCUGACACCCUGCGAAUACAAUCUAAACCCUCAGCCUGAUGUCACAAACACAGGAGCCAAUGCAAAUAGGAACCUUACAGAGCAUGCAAAUAGGUACAACCAAGCACAUAUGUCAUCCGUUAGGGUCACACAGCACUCUGCAACAGGAUUUGAGUAUAACACUGGCACUGGAAAAUGGAAGGUAUCUGCAAAAAUUCAGCAACUUCUGAACACUUUGAAGCGACCAAAAAGGCGACCUUUACCAGAGUUUUAUGUUGACGACGAAGCUGAGUUGGACUCAAACCCUUCAGAUCCCAAUGCACCUCAGCCUGAGGGUGCAACGAUGAACCCUACAGUAGGUGAAAAUUUAGAGGUUCCAUCAGGGCUUCCGCAAUCACUAGAAGCAGCCAUCAAGAGGUAUGGAUCAGGAACAUUUAAAUUUCCUGCAGCUACCGUUCUAGAUACAAGUGGGAAAAUUGGCAACCCUCUAACGUACGGUAAACUACUGAGUAGAUCUAGGAAAAUUGCUUUUAAUCUGCUCAACAAGUUGGGUCAGAAAGGGGAAGGACUUGUAUUGAAACCUGGAGACAGAGUGGCACUGGUGUACCCCAACAACGACCCAAUUUCAUUCAUGUGUUGUUUCUAUGGCUGUCUCAUGGCUGGAGUUGUUCCAGUCCCUAUUGAAGUGCCCCUCACAAGAAGGGAUGCCGGGUCACAACAAAUAGGUUUUCUCCUUGGGAGUUGUGGCGUGUGCUAUGCUUUAACAUCCGAAGUUUGCUACAAAGGGCUCCCGAAAACUGCCACUGGAGAAAUCCACACAUUUAAGGGUUGGCCGAGGUUGUAUUGGUUUGUUACGGAGCAUCUAAGCAAACCACCCAAGGACUGGUCUCCACCACCAAGGCUCACCGACGAAACAGCAGCGUACAUCGAGUACACUGUUGAUCGAGAUGGAGCCAUGAAAGGAGUUGGAGUGUCAAGGUCUGCUCUAGUCAAUCACAGCCGGGCUUUAACAGCUGCUUGUAACUACACCGAAGGUGAGGUCAUGGUGUGCGUCCUCGACUACAAGAGGGAAAUGGGACUCUGGCACAGUGUACUCACUAGUGUUUUCAAUGGGAUGCAUGUCAUCUUCAUACCAUACUCACUCAUGAAGGUGAAUCCUGCAUCUUGGAUGCUGAUGAUCACAAAAUUUAAAGCAAACGUUGCUGUAUGUAAAUCGAGGGACCUUCACUGGGGCCUUCUCGCUACAAAAGACCACAAAGAUGUCAACCUAAGUUCGCUGAGGCUACUCCUGGUUGCUGAUGGCUCCAAUCCAUGGUCUCUGUCAUCGUGCGACCAGUUCAUCAGUGUGUUCCACAGCCGUGGACUGCACCCAGAUGCAGUGUGCCCUUGCGCGGCCUCCUCGGAAGCACUAACAGUUGCAGUACGUCGCCCUGGACGUGUUGGGGCUGGUACCAGUGGGCGUGGCGUGUUGUCCAUGGCAUCUCUCAGUUACGGUGUUAUUCGAGUCGACAUGGAGAACAGCCUCACUUCCCUCACCCUGCAAGACUGCGGACACAUUUUGCCCGGAGCUGUCGCUGCCGUGGUGAAGAUAAAUGAUGCUCCUUACUUGUGCAAAACGGACGAAGUUGGAGAGAUAUGCGUCAGUGCCUCCACUUGUGGAUAUGCAUAUUGGGGCCUACAUGGACUUUCUAACAACAUUUUCAAGAUGCAACCUUUGCAUCCAGAUGGAAGACCUGUGACUGAGCAGACAUUUGUUCGCUCUGGCUUGUUGGGAUUUGUUGGACCUGGAGGCUUGGUUUUUGUAUGUGGCACAAGAGAUGGGCUGAUGCAAGUGAGCAAUCGCAAGCACAAUACGGACGACAUCAUUGCUACUGUCCUGGCCGUGGAGCCAAUGAAAUUUAUCUACCGGGGAAGAAUUGCAGUAUUUUCCGUAAAAGUCCUGCGGGAUGAACGCAUCUGUGUGGUCGCUGAGCAGCGUCCAGAUUGUACAGAAGAAGAGAGUUUUCAGUGGAUGAGCAGAGUACUGCAAGCUGUGGAUAGCAUUCACCAGGUUGGCAUCUACUGCUUGGCACUGGUGCCUCCCAACUACUUACCAAAGACUCCACUGGGAGGUAUCCACCUGCCCGAAACCAAACGGCGGUUCCAGGAGGGAAGCCUCCAUCCUGCCAAUGUGCUCAUGUGCCCCCACACCUGCGUCACAAACCUGCCCAAGCCACGCGAGGUACACCCAGUAGGUCCAGCAUCAGUUAUGGUGGGCAAUAUGGUACAAGGCGUGCGGUUGGCUGUGGCUCAAGGACGUGAUAUAGGAAUUAUUGAUGAAGACAGUGACACAGCACGCAAGUACCAGUUCAUUUCUGAAAUUCUCAAGUGGAGAGCUACCACAACGGCAGAUCAUGGACUGUUUACGCUUCUCAAUGCCAAGGGCAAUACUGUGUCAAGCCUCACCUGCUCUCAGCUACAUAAACGGGCAGAGAGAGUAGGCUGCCUCCUGCUUGAAAAAGGAAAGCUAAACACAGGAGAUCAUGUUGCACUUAUUUAUCCUCCUGGGAGUGAUCUUGUUUGUGCAUUCUAUGGCUGCCUCUAUGUUGGUGUAGUUCCAGUGACAAUCCGACCACCUCAUCCACAAAAUCUGCAGACCACUCUUCCUACCGUCCGUAUGAUAGUGGACGUUAGCAAAUCGGUCAUCAUUCUUUCGACUGCUCCAGUCACUAAGCUUCUAAAAUCUAAGGAAGCAGGCAAUGUUGUUGACGUGAAAUCAUGGCCUCAGAUACUCGAAACGGAUGACUUGCCCAAAAAGAAACUGAGCAGCAUUUAUCGGGCUCCUACGCCAGAAAUGAUUGCCUACCUGGACUUCAGUGUCAGUACGACAGGCAUGUUAGCAGGGAUCAAGGUGUCCCAUGCAGCUGCAACAUCUCUAUGCCGCAGCAUGAAGCUGGCAUGUGAACUUUAUCCUUCCAGGCACAUUGCCUUGUGCCUUGACCCUUACUGUGGUCUUGGAUUUGUGCUGUGGUGUCUGAACAGCGUUUAUUCUGGCCACCAUUCAAUCCUAAUUCCGCCAUCAGAAGUUGAAGUCAAUCCUGCAAUUUGGCUUUCGACAGUCAGUCAGUAUAAGGUUCGUGACACCUUCUGUUCCUACGGUGUUAUGGAACUGUGCACCAAAGGUCUGGGAUCCUCCAUUGGACAGUUAAAGCAACGCAAUGUGAAUCUGAGCUGUGUCAGGACUUGUGUAGUUGUGGCUGAAGAACGGCCAAGGAUCACCCUAACGUCAUCAUUUUCGAAGCUUUUCUCUGGUCUGGGACUGUCCCCACGAGCUGUCAGCACAAGCUUUGGUUGCAGAGUGAAUGUGGCCAUUUGUCUGCAAGGUGCAUCAAGUCCAGACCCCACGCAGGUGUACGUGGAUAUGAGGGCGCUACGCAACGAUAGGGUCACUCUUGUGGAGCGUGGUGCACCACACAGCCUUUGCCUCAUGGAGUCUGGGAAACUCCUGCCUGGUGUCAAAGUGGUGAUUGCCAAUUCAGAAACCAAAGGACAGUGUGGUGACUCGCACCUUGGUGAGAUUUGGGUGCAGUCCCCACACAAUGCCAGUGGCUACUUCACAGUGUAUGGUGAUGACACGCAACACAAUGAUCACUUUAAUGCUCAGUUGAUUACGGGUGACACUGGAGGCACGUACGCUCGAACUGGGUAUCUGGGCUUCUUGCGUCGCACAGAAGCAGCCCCUAGUGAAGGUGAGGGGAGCUCAGAGUCUGAUGCCGAGGCCCCUUCUAGUGAAGAAGCUGUAGAGUUGCACGACGCCAUAUUUGUCGUGGGUGCCCUUGAUGAGACCAUGAUGCUUCGUGGAAUGCGAUACCAUCCGAUUGAUGUAGAGAACAGUGUGCUUAGGUGCCACAAGAAGAUCUCUGAAUGUGCUGUGUUUACCUGGACCAACCUCUUGGUGGUAGUUGUUGAGCUGGAUGGCAAUGAGAGUGAAGCCCUUGACCUUGUGCCCCUUGUUACAUCCGUUGUAUUGGAAGAGCACCAGCUAAUUGUGGGUGUUGUGGUUGUCGUGGACCCUGGAGUGGUGCCCAUCAACUCGCGCGGUGAAAAGCAGCGCAUGCACCUUCGAGAUGGCUUCCUGGCUGAUCAGCUAGAUCCCAUUUACGUUGCUUACAAUAUGUAACAGUACCCCGUUCGGGUCAGCAAACGAAUCGUACAUAUACAUGCUUCCCGGAGAGUUGGGAGGGACAAGGAUUUGGAAAGGCACUUUUGUUAUUGUUAGGGUAUGCAGUAUGUUACUGUUAGUGUUAGACUUUUUUUUUUAGUGUGUUCGUGCAAUUUUAGACAGACUAACGCAACUAGGGGUAGAAGCGUAAAAAUAUAUUCCUUUAUGUACAUCAUCUUGGCAACAGUAUAACGGGUGGGUUGAAUCCUGUAAGCCGCGCCAUGCGCAUUAUAUUAAAAGUUGAGCAGAGUUUGGCUCAACACAGGACUUGCUUAGAAGGAACACACUUAAUUGAAUUGCCUGUUAAUUUUUCUACAGGAAGACUGCAACAAAAAAAAGUGGCAUAUGGCUUCAUGGCAAAUAUACCUAAUUCCUCAGAUUGAAUGACUAAAGGAAAUCAGUAAAUAUUAAAUGAAAAAAAAUACAAUAGCACCAGUCCAUUCCUUUUUUUUUUUAGCCAUUUUGAAUUUAGGGGCAACUCCAAGUUGCAGUGUGUCCCUGAUAAUGAAAGCCGUCCUGUUUGUUAACUGUUAGGUAGUUGAAGCUGCAUGACCAUACAUUAGUCCUCUCUCUUAAUACAAGAGCCAUCAUUGUCACAUCUCUUCUAUGAUGGUCACUUUUUCAGAAUCCUUCUGGCCAGUUUUCAAUGUGUACGACUUAUCUUUUUCCUUUUCUCAAGGCACAUAUUCUUUGUGAUCCACAUGUACCAUAAAAUCCUUGGCCCUGCUAACCUCUUAAAUGCAUGUCUGUGCAUAUAUACAUAUGUAUAGCAUGUGUAUUUACAUGUAUAUCAUAUAUACCUUUUUGGUUGCCGAGUGGCAAAAUAUUUGUAGUGAGAAAAUUGCUUCAGGAAGUCACGUUUUGAAGAGGAAGAUGUAAAUGGCCAUAUUCCUUCCUUAUAACACAACUGCCAGGUUUGUAGUCAUAAUAUUUGGUGCACUGUGUGCUUGCUUUGACAGCCCAUCUUGAAGAGCCAUCAAUGAAAAGUAGAAUUUCAGGGGCUCAUGUUACUUUAGUGUGUUGUCGUUCAUUCUCGACUCUGAGUGAAGGAAUCAGAGCUUCGUUGAAAGCUUUAGAGCGAAUGAGAUAUAUUGCUUUUAAAAAAAUGUUAAGUGUGGAAACGUUUUUUGUUAGUUCACACUCGAAGCAGCUCUGCACAGAGUUAGUAAAAUGAGUGCAAGGUAAAAACAAGGCAUUUCUUGGUAGACCAUAUGGGACGCUUAACUGUAUCUAUAUUCAUUGUAAGUCUGUGGGUUUACCAUGCACGACAGGCUUUUUUUUUUUCCCAAAAAUAUGGCAAGUUUGGCAUGCAUCUCAUUACUGCAUUCCGCAAGAGCUUUGGCUGCAAGCAUGAGACAAGUCAUUGUGAUGCUCCUCACCUAUUAGCGCUUCACGCAAUUGAGAUGUCAUUUUAUUUUGUACAGCUUUCUUUUCCUAUGAGCUGCAGUGUUGUUCAAUCGUCUUACAGGAUGCUUCUGUCACAAAGGACAUUGACAUAUAGGAUGAUACUUCAAACUCACAGUCAUAGAAAGGCACUGUCCAUGGCUUGGAAGAGCUGGAAAGUGUAAAAGCUGAACUUUACAUUUACACUUUUGAGCUCCCUAGUCAAGGAGACGCAACUUAUGAAAGUUUCACAACUGUGCUUAAAAGGAAUUUCAAAACAGCUUCAUAAUAUUGUGCAAGGGUGUGUGUUAAGAAAGUAUCUCACUUCUGCCAAGCAUUAGACAAAGCAAAGUAUGCUCAAGACAUGCUUCUUAAGCAUAUUAGCAGAAUAAAAUAGCAGGAUAAAAUAAAUAAAUAAAUGUUACUGUGGACAUGGAAAUGAAAUAUAUUAUCCUUGCCAGUGAACAGAAUAGUAAUACUUUGAGAGCACAUGGACAUAAGUAGCUUCUUUCAUAGAACUCCUCAGGUUGAAUUAGGGUAUGUGGUAUGCAGUUUUAUUUUGUGUCCUAGAGAUCAAAGAGCUUAGAGUCUACAGAACAUAAUGUCAAGAGGUAAUCCAAACUGCAUUGCUGAAAAAUUUUAAGCUGUGUUGUAAGAAGGUCAGGUAUGAAAUUGUGCAAACUUCAAAGGGUUGUAAAUAAUAUGGACAAAAGCAGCUGAAAGCAGCGCUGAAGUUUGUUUCGUCCUUGUACCACUACUUUUCCACUGUGAUCUGCAUCUCACCAUUAUGCUGAUAUGCUCUGAAAGCACUUUUUGUAUAAAGUUUCCUUUCUGAAUGUUUACUAUGAAAGCCAGGUAUACAGCAUCUUCUGUAAAAUGCAUGUUCUUUCAUGACACUUGUAUAUUUGUUGAAGGUAUAAGCAGCACAUAUGCUGUCAUUAUUUAUAUUGCUUUUAGAAAUUUGUUUCUCGACCAAGUUGGUGUCUGAACAAAUUCCUUUUUAAAAAGCCAACUUGUUUAUGUUACCCUCGUGAGGUUGUGCUCUGGUAAAUAAAAGUACUGGCAAGUAUAUCUGAUAUGACAAAGGAGAAUCGGGCAGCAGGGAAUAAAGUUGUGGUGCUUCCAGCAUUCGGCAGUUCCACGCUAUUUUUCUGGAUGUCCGUACAUCAUGGUUGGAGCAAGAGCUCGGUCUUACCAUUAAGAAGUCCAGGCCCUACCAUCUGCCAUGUGCAAUUCUUGUGCCAGCCCUGUCCUGUGUAGCAAUGCUUAUCAUUCCAUGAGCACAUGAAAGGCAUUGUAAAAUAAAUCGGCAUUCACUGACUUGUGUGCUGAUGGUUGUUGCGUUGUCAGUCACUGUUAGAAGUGAAAUGCUGCCAAGUGCAACAAAGUCAAUAUAAAUACUACCAUUUUGGCCUUCAUAACAUAUCUUGAAUAAAAUGUAUGAAAGCCACAGA